GAACGUAAAAAAAGCAUACUGUACUAGCAUAAAGUACAAUCGAAUCACGCAUAAUCACGCAAGACGGAUAGACGGACGCGACGAACUAGGACCGAAAUUCAAGCAGAAACAUUGCAAAUGCUGACGCAAGCGAACAUUGUGACUGGGGUUACACUCAAAGGACACCGACCUGACUGAUCCGUACGUCAGAUGUCCCGAAAAAGGGAGUGAAAACAGCUUGCAGGACGGAUCCCACAAGAUCCAUGCCGGGCCUAGUAAGCAUAGGUGUCAAGCGCAAACACCAUGCGCUGGACGAAGGUGGAGGGAGUGAUGCCAAGGACUGCAUCCCUGGUUGCCAUGGCGACCCUCCUCCCCCGUCUCAAGACAAGUGGUCUUCCUAUACUAUGCAACGCAAAUGCGUGAUGAAUGCCUCCAUUUGUAAACUCCAAGCCACCUGCAACCUCAUUGACCCCUCGCUGCGUCGCUCGGUGCUCAUCCGCAACACCCUGUUGCACAUUGACCAUGAACUCCGCGCGGAGGGUCGACAUCAGGACUCGUACCAACUCUCCACCUUUAUAGCAAGCACGCAAUCCACGUGCACGGACACCGCCGACAAGGACCGACUCCCGGGCGCCGACACGAACAGCGCCCUCAACUCGCCUAAGGACAACAACAGUAACCACUACAAAGAUGUACACUCGCGUGACAGCGCCAAGCUGUUCAACGCACAUCUUGAAAACAGUGGUCUCCUGAACAGAACUUCCAUCCAUUCAUGUGCUAACUCUUCGUUGCUGUCGUUAUCGACUGCAACAACGUUGUCAACGAGUAUUUCAAACUCGAGUACAGGACAAUCGAAUGUACACAUUACAACGAAUACGGUGCUGCUAAAUUCAGGAAUUCAUCCUGUGCCCUCGACGGCCAACUCGGAACUCAUGAGACUUCCAGGAACCAACUCUGAGAUACUGGACUUUGGCGACGAACUCUUCAGCAACAUCGACAUAGAUCUCUACGACUUUGAUACAUGCAUCGCCCCGCCUUUUGUGUCCAGUCAUAAAGCAUCUCCCGUCAUGCCUCUCAGUAGCAGCAACAGCAGCUCGGAAGACUGGCUGAGGCCUGUCUCUGGGGAAUACUCCUUCAGCUCUGAUGUGAGCUCAACAACAACUAGCCAGGGUAACAAUUGCCGUAGCGACAUCACUUGCGACGAGCUCGAUCAAAUUAUGCAUGUAUUAGUAGAUGUGGGAAUGUGAGAGAGAAAAAAAUGUGCUUAUAUAUCACAGCAAGAACAUCACCAGUAUGUCAAUAAUGAACCUCGCCAAUUUUAGGUAUAACAAAUAAAUUUGCAUUAUUAAAACAAAUUACGUUGUUUUCAACACCAUCUCUGUUCCAAAACCAUGUGAACAGGGAAAGACUUAUCGCCACGAUUUUGAAUACCUAUGCAAGUUCUGCAUAUGAUUGCAAUAAUUCAAGUCUGCAAUGCAAUACCUUGACAUUUUGAUAAAAGAGAUAUGAUAUUGUGCAAAAGAAUGCACACCUGCAGAAAAAAAAUGUAAAGUUCAGAUUAGAGUCAUGAAUUUUUCAGUAAAUAGAUCUCAUUAGACAGCUUGUUAGUGUUUGAGGUUUGAUAUCCUGGGUGUUACACUCAACAGCUUCUGGGUUUGUGACGCAGCAGUACUGCUGGAGCAACAGAACUCAGGCACCACCCAUCGCACCUAGCCCCGACAUCACAACUGUAUGACUCAGGACUAUGAUCUGGCAACAACACAUGCCACGCCAGUGUGUGCGAUUUCUUGACCCUGCCACAGCGCAUACGCACAGGUACACACAUGUACCCUGCACAAAAAGAAAGAGUCUGGAUGUAUGCCAAGGCUUUUUGUUUUUUGACAAAGGCUGCGUGGCACACUGGUUGCAUUACACGAAAAUGCCACUCAAAAACCCGGCUGAAGAUCUUUGAAUACAAUAGGGCUAACCGUUUGACCCGAAGAUUGGGUUCUGUGUACUAAGUUGAUCACAACAAUCCACAGAGUCCUUGGGGGUUUCUUGUUGAGUAAAAAGUCGUUGGGUGUGCAGUGAAAAAGAUAAAAACAGGCUACAUUGCACUGAUGUCAGUUGUUCCAAAUGGUGCUGUACAUAUGUAUACAUGUAGGAUACAAAUAAAAACACAGAGGCCUUGUACUGCACUUUUUUAUGCAUCUAUCGGUAGUGGUAUAAUCCCUAUUCUGCAUGUUUAAUAACUCAAUUAUCUUUGAUCUAAUUGAUUCCCUCCCAUCAACCACUUCGAAGAUCAGUCUUUCUGAUGUUUGAAUUGCUGGUGUUUCAUGUACCGAAUGACAUACUGGUGAUGUUCUGUUAUGAUUGGUUAAUGUACGUACAUGUAGGCCUACACUAUACAUACGUGCCACAGUUUUAUGUCAUCAACUCACAGUUGUUUUUAAAAGAUCAAUUAACCCUAACUCCCCAGUGUCUCUUACUAAGUACUGGACCAAGUCUGCCAAAAUCCAUCACUGACCCUGCUUCACAUAAUGCUUUAGGACCAAAUCCGCUGAAAUCCACCACAAGACUACCACUACUAUAGGUGGAUUUUGAGGGACUUGGUACUCGUGGCUUGCCUACCGAAAUCCCCACAAUGGGGGAAUGGAUUUUGAUGGAUUUGGGAAGGUUAGGGUUAAAGGUGAAUCGUUGACAAUGCUGUUGAGUCAAGUUUUCAUAUCUUUAAUCUGAUCAAAAAGUUUGGACUUGCUGAAUGAACAACUUGACUAACAAAUCAAAAUGUGUCAUUAUCAUUACGUCAAAACCUGGAAAAGGUUUAACUCAAUUAACUCAAGAUGAAGUGUCUUUUUUUGGAUUGUUGGAAAAAAAACUUAGGUGCAACAUGCAGACAAGACCACAAUGUACAACAUGCAUUGACAACUGUACCAUUCAUUGCCUUUAAUGACCAUUGUAAUUAAAGGAAUAUUCCUGAACGCUGGCAUUUGUUUGGAAAGAAAAAUGCAAUGACAUUUUUCUAUGAAACAAAAUUAUCAACAAUUUAUCAUUUUUUUUGCAAAUCUGUGGUAAAACUUGAUAUACACUGUACGUGAUUGUAUAGUAAAUUCAUGUGUUCAUGCAUGUAUUUGUACAUGUACUGUAUCAUGUACAUGUACAUGUUCAUGUUCACGUACAUGUGUGUGCAUGUGUAGGCCUCACAUCUAUGUAUCUACAUGUGUACGUAUUGUGAUCUAGAACUUAUGUACGAACUGUAUGUACAUGAUGUACAUGUACAUGCAUGAGUAAAAGGACAAAACUUCCAAGUAUUUUAACAAAGGAUUUAGAGGAGCCAACAGUCAUGUUGUCAUGAGCAUGCAGAGAGGAAUGUUUGAGUGAUUCUUUCAAAGAGUAAUACAAAACGUUGUAAAUAUCUUUUAAAAAAAGUAAAUGUAAGGUCAUAUUUUUAUUACGGUAUGCAACAGUAUCUUCCGAGUCCCACUCAAAUUGGCGACUCGCAGUCGGAAAAAAACAAAUAAUUUUAUGAACUAUAGUAAAUUAUGUAAGAUACAGUAAUAUAUUUCUCAGAUAAUUUAACUUAUAAAAAAUACAAAUGUCUUUUUGUUUAUUCUGUGUAGAAACAAGUUUGUGCUGCGGAUCAAAUAAUAAUCACUGAUCAGUCUCUUACCAUAACAGGAUUUCAGUUUGAAGAAAAAAAAAUAAUCCACAAAAAAAAGAAAUUGCCGGACAAAUGUCCAGAUAAAUGCACAUUUUAGUGUUCAUUUUUAGAGGCAGAGCAUUGUGAUGAAAAGCUUGGUGAUUUUGUUGUACAUAUCGUCAAUGCAGUGCACGGACAAUUUACAUGGAACCGUGCAUGUACUGUUAUGUACAUGUAGAUUGUAUUUUCCCAUCACGUCAAGCUGAAGCCUUAAAGCCAUCCAUAACUGAAAUCUGUGACCAAAUUGACAAAUUGUAUUCUGAUGACGUAUAUAUUACGAAAAACUUAACGAACAAAUUAACGUACCUAAAUUUUAUCAAUUCAGACUGUGUCAAAGUGUCUGAAUAUUUUAUACAGAAAUGGCUGCAUAUCGGAAAGAGGUUGAAGGAAAUGUUGAAGGUUGUUCUUUUUUUUUUUAAAUUCCUUGAUUUCUGAGAAAGCAAAAGUAACAAUGACUUUUUAUACUUCUAACCCACCACAAAAAAAGUUAAACUUAAAAAUAUGCAAUACAGCAUUUUAUAUCUAAAGGCUACGAAUAAACUGACUUUUUUAUUUUUAAUUUACAGACUUCAAUACCUUUCAAUUAUAAAACUUUUCUUUACAACAUGUGAACAUUAGUUUGAGACUUCCUUAUAGUUUUUGUCUCAAUUGUGAGCACAAAUGCAUUCCUUCCUUAUCAAUUACUAAUGCACAAUUGCACGUUUAGCUAUUCUGAUUUUGGCACAAGGAAAAAGCACAAAAAUCUUUUCUGACAAAACAGUGAUAGUAGGAAGUAAAUAAAACUGAUUUUCUGCUUUGAAACAUCUGAAGCUACCUAUGUGAGCAUUGGUCGGGGAAGUCAAAUUCAGUCUACUUGAAUUUAAGCUCUUUUCCAGUGCUCCUUUGGUUCUUCCUUUGAACCAUAAAGGCAAAAAUUCACAAGUUUCUCUCUUUCGCCUGUGACAAAACUCACCGUGUGAAUAUUUGUGGAUCGUGUUUACUAUACACGUGCACCAUUACCGGAUCAACAUUUCACAUGCUUUGAAAAUUUGUCACAAAACUCACAUACAGAUUGUAUUCAGGACAGAAGCAUCUAGAAUGAAAUGUAGCUGAUCACUUUUAAAAAGCAGUUUGAAAAUUGCUGACGUUCAAUCUUCCAACCAAAUGAACCAAUGACUUUCAAAUCCGUUCAUUUAAAAAAAAAA